AUGGGGUGGCUGAGCGAGCUCAGGACUGGGGAGGGGUGGGAAUGCUUUCUUUAUGCUAUGCUGUUGAAGACGGAAGAACGAAAGGAAGAGAAACGAGCACGGAAACGCGGUCCGGCGGCCUUGGACGAGGAGAGGCAGGGCAUGCUGGGUGCUGGUGGUGUGAUGUGGGAAAAUGCUAAAGUCCAAAAGAUGAAAACGGAGAGACGAGAUGACUACAUUGGGUUGUUGUUGUUGAGCGUGCUGGCCGUUCAUGAGUUGAACUAUGCUAAGUUAGACGAGUCGACAAAUGCGAGGGGGAAAGAAGACGAGACACAGAGGGGAAAGACGAGUCCCUGGCCGGCGGGGAGGGCGGUCGAACGCGAAGGGAUUGCCCUCCUCGCGGUGUUUUCGUCCUGUGCGGGACACGAGUGCAAGCGCGGAGCGCCUUAUCUCCCGUGCGCGAGGCCAUGUGCAAGGUUGCGCGGCUGCCGUCUGCGGCCCCGCAACACCUCCGCCCGCUCCCAAUCGGCCUCGGUCUCGGCCUCCAUCGCCAGUUCCCUGCCGCUGCCGCCGCCACCGCGCACAUCGGCGACGCGCACUGGAGCAGGUGCAGCGGCGGGCUCGAGUCGCGUGGCACCCCACAUCGCCUUGCGCCCUGCCACGCAGGACCCAUGUGAGGGCGAAGGCGAGGGUGAGGGUGAGGGUGAGAGAGACGUGGACGUGGACGCGCCCGAUGCCGGAUGGCGGAACGCGCGCGUGAGGAGAUCUGCGGCGGGCGACGGCGACGGCGAGCACGACGGAGAAGGCGACGGCAAGGACUGCCGUGCGGCCUCGUCUGCGUGGGGAGAGGAGAGAGUCAAAGGAGCGAGAGAUAGCUCGCCAAAGGGCGGUGAGGGCGUGGGUGCGCGGCUCGAGUGCGCGAGCCGGCCGGACGAGAGACCUAUCGACUCGUGGUCCAGGGCGCGCCGUGCGUGGGUGCGCGAGGUCUUCAGGGCGGCGGUGGCGGAUGGGACAGGAGUGGGGGGAGACGGCGCGCGGGAGGAGGGCAUCGGGAACGCCCCAAAUCGGCUCGCGCCCGCGACGCCCGCGGCCGCAACGGCAUUUUUCGCGAGAGCGGCGCCCAUCCCAAAGGAGAAGUAUCCUCCGCCUGCACCGACGUCGAGGUCGUCCGGGCUCGCGGGCGAGUGGGAGCUGGGGUACGCGGGGGGAGACAUGUCAAAGAGAAGAUCUGCGGGAUCGUACGGGUGCACGGGGGACGCGCGCGGGACGGGCAUCGGGAAGGCACGCGGGGGCGGGAUCGGGAUGGACAGCGAGGUGGCGCGUGGGAGGGUGGCGAGGGUGGGGCGGGUGCGGGUCGGGUUUUUGGGUGCCGGGUACGGGCUGCUGAUGCUCCGAGUGGAGGCGGGGGCUGCGUGGGAGCUAGGAGGGCCGAGGCGCUGUGGGUGCGGGCGUCGGGGAGCACCGGGGAGCGCAAAAGUCGGGGAGGCGAGGACUUCCAUUUUUCGAUGGCGUGCGCGGGCUCAGAUCGAGAUGGCAGGAUCCGGGUCGAGGAUCUGGCAGAGCGAAAGGAUCGGACCCAGAGGUGCGCAUGAGGCAGUCGACAUGCACGCAGACCCUGCAGGCAUGGACGAAGCAACGGAAGCGGACGAAGCGGGCAUGCUGUGGAUGGCAUCAUGGAUGCACUGCCCGAAUUGGGAGACGUCAUCGACCCCCAACAAGAAGGAAAAAAGUCAAGGGUUGGGUCGGUGUGAUGAACAGUUUCCCGACGUGGCAGGGAAUAAUGGACAGGCGAGGGCAAUAAGAUGGCGACGCGUCGGUCGCCCGCGGGCAUCGCUUCUAGCACCUCCCAACGGUCUCAAGAGGACUUUUGCAAUGCCUGAAUUGGACACUGGGUGGACUUUAAUAUUAUCGGACAAGAGGGUCAACUACACGUCAGGCAUGCCGUGA